GACGCUGUUGUUGUUGGAGGAACAUGGCGACAACGCAUCUUCGUCGCUGGAGGUUUGAGAGGAAAUAAGUAGUGGGCGUUUUGGAAGAGAUCGACGUUAUAGGAUGCGAGAGUGAAAUGGUCUUCAUCUGCACUUGGAUCACUACCGCGUUAUUGAUGACUGACAGGCGGGCGGUCCGCUGGAGUGUGUUUACUGGCAUUCAUAAACAUUUCUAUAGGACUUCAAAACCUUGAGAGAUCUGGGAGCGCGCUGGAUAUAACACACAUGGCUGAAAGAGUGAAGACGAGCGGCGUGGAGAGAUUAACAGAAGAAAACAGGAAGGUUAUGAAAGACUGCAAUGAUCAGCUCAUGCAUUGGAAAAAAGUGGAGAAAGACUACGAAAGUCUCCAAGAACGUCUUAUCACGUUGCCUGAUAAGUUGUCCUACGAUGUGAUGGUGCCAUUUGGCCCGUUAGCCUUCUCUCCGGGGAAGCUGGUUCACACCAAUGAGGUCAUGGUGCUCCUCGGGGAUAACUGGUUUGCCAAGUGUUCAGCGAAGCAGGCUGAGGCACUGGUAGCUCACAGACAAAAACUUGUAAAGAAGAAACUUGAUGAUCUGCACAAAGUAAUGAAGAGCUUUAGGGACAAAGCUGAAUUCACAGCAGAUCUAGAAAAAAUCACGGACACUGCGGGAGACUUUGUUGACAUUAGAGAGGUUUUGAGCAAAGAUGAAGAGGUCACUAAAGGUAAGCCACGCGUGGCCCACAAGCCGAACUCCAAGCCGAAGGAGGAGUACGUGUUGCAGCUGAAGGAGGAGCAGUGGGAGGGUGAGGGUGGAGCCAGCCAAGGAGGAGUCCUGUCUGAGACGGAGCUCUGGGCACGACUGGAUGAGCUGGAGCGUUUGGAGGAGGAGCAGGAUGAGCGAGACCGAUUGGACAGCACAGACACCAAUGGAGAGGACACCACGUCCUCUUCAUCAGAGGAAGAGAAGGAGACUGAGACGGGGUCAGCAGUCGAGGUCAACGGGCACAGGCAGUGUGAGGACAUGUCUCCAGCCUCCUAUGCAGGCCGCGUCAACGGCGUGACCGGGCUGGCACUCGACGGGCAGGACAAAGAUGAGGAAUAUGAAGAUGAAGAAGAAUUCAGCAGCCUGCCAACGAUCUACUUUAGUCACACCACGGAGCCAAAAAAAGUGCGAAUCAAUACGGGAAAAAACACGACUCUGAAGUUCAGUGAGAGGAAGGAACAGAAAGACGCCAAGCGGAAGAAGAAAAGUGUCAAAUGUAAUGGCCACACCCUCCACGAGCAUCACAAGAUCACGACCCCAGCCGACAUCUACAGGGUGUUUGUGGACGUGGUGAACGGUGAACCCGUCCCGAGGAAGUCCAUUCUGAAGUCCCGCAGCCGUGAGAACAGCGUGUGCAGCGACACCAGCGAGAGCAGCACGGCGGACUUCGAGGAAAGACGCGCCCUGUACGGCCACGAGGAGGGAGCACACAGCGCCGCCAGCAACGGCGUUACGGAGGAUGGCAGGCAUGCUGCCAUCAGCUUGUACCCCAACGGACGCGUCGAGGCUUUUUCUGGGACGGUGGUGGAGAAAGAUCCGCUUCCCGUCUUAAUCCCUCACCUGACCAUCACCCCCCCAGCCCUACCCACAAUCCCUGAAAGAAAACAGGAAGAGGUCGGGUCAGAGACACCCCAGGAAGUUCCCAAGCGGGUGUCAAAGUUCAAAGCUGCCCGUUUGCAACAGAAGUGAGACACCCUCCAGGAGGGUUGAAGCUUGUUUGUUUUUGUUUUGUUUUUUUACUCCUUUUGUAUGACUGGAACUCUUUUAGGCUGGAUGUUUGUUGUUGGCACCUGUCCUCCCCACAGCCCGUGUUCGUCCACUCUGCUGUCUUCAGCCAGUCCAUCACUACUGCAUGUGCUCAGUGUGCUAUGAAGCCCCAUAACAUGCACUUUCUUCUGCCUGCUAAGAGUCACGAGGGUGGGAGUUCGUGGGCUGCAUAACUCUGUUUGGCGUCUGUCCUACACUAGACUGACGGGGCACACUUAGCGAGGAUCCACACCCCCAGAUGUCUGCCUUUCACAUACAUUUUGUCUUUGGCUUCUCUGUGUUCCUCUAGACUGUAUUCAUUCGAUCAAAGUAAACAACAAACUGAGUUUAGACACAUCAUGCUUUCAUGAAAGGUCCAUUAUCUUAGAGAAUCACUAGGACAGCGUUAAAGACUCGUGCAUCUCUGAGCUGUUUGUUUAUUUUCAGCCUUUUAAGAAGUGCCCUCACUGCAGCGGUGUUGGCUCGUCGUCCUUUCUAGACUGUAUUUAGCUGUAAUCCCUGAAUGUUUUGCUAUGUUUCCAGUUUUUUAAUGUAGAGGUUUUUUUUGUGAUUGCCUACAUGUUAACUGGAAGAAAAAUAAAGUUUGCCUAUAUAGUUUCUCUGAA